AUGAAUACCAAAGAAAUCUAUUUUCAAAAAGUCGAAUCAAAAAAACCACUCGAUGUUGGUAAAAUCGAAGAAUUUGAAGAUGAACUCAAAUCAAUGGGCGAAGUCGUAUUAAGUAUGCUUGAAAAUCUCUAUUAUGACUUUGAAAAUAAAACUAAAAUGUUAAAUGAACAAGCAAACAAAAUAGAUAACCCAUAUAGCAAANAUUUAAAAAUAAAACCAGAACGAGAUAGUGAAACUGAAAAAAUGAUGCAACAUCGCUUACAUCCGACUAAUAUUUUACUAUCAGGCUUAUUUAAAGAUAAAAGAACUCCAAAUGGGAUAGAUUUAUUAACUGGUAGUCCUGACCCUAUGGAUUUAUUUCGAAGUGUACCCUUAAAUGCAAAAUUAGAAAAUGGAAAUUACGCUAACAUUACAACAUUAUAUGAAAUGAUACAAUACGAUAUUGAUAUAAAUUGUUUUAUCGCAUAUCAAAGACAAAUUAUAGCAGCUACAAUUCAUCCUGUAUACUACUGGAUUGGUACAUUUACACAACUAUUGAAAAAAAUUGUUUAUAGUGAAUCAAAUGGUAUCAGUGAAAUCGAAAAUCGAGCUAAUAUAUUUAAAGCUGAAAUAGGUCUCCUGAACAAAUCAAUCCAGAAAGUAAUAAGAACUUUAAUUAGUUAUAAAUUGUUUCCGGAAAAUGUGCAAUUAGAUCUCGAAAUUUCCUUUAUUCUAAUAUUUCAAUUAGAAAAAUUUUAUAAUACAAGCGAUGAGAGUAAUUUAAAUGAUGAAAGGAUUGAUCAUCUUUAUUCGAAGUGUGAAAAUACAAUGAAAACCCAUCUAUUAAAAUUUGGAAUUGAUGUAAAUUUCCCUGAAAUAUAUAAUAAAGAAGAUUGUAAAAAAAUAAUAAGUAGAUUGGAAAAUAAAAUCAAAGAAAUUCAAUUAUAUGUUGAAAAUUUAAUUCAUUAUAAAUACGAAUAUAACAAUAUAUUUUUUCCUAAACAACUAUUUGCCAGUGAUUUUAAAUUCACAAGUAGAUUAAAAUGUGACAUUGUAGAAAAACAUAAGCACGUUUAUCACUUGAUGGAAAAAUUGAAUUAAUUGUAAAAAAAUAAUUAAGAAAACUGCAAUAUGAUAUAAUAUUCAUAAUAAAAUACUUUUUAUUACAUAACUUGUCAAACUUUAGGUUAUGAAAUGUUUGUGUAUAUUUUAUUUUUGAUUUCAAUAAAUUUUUGGGUACUUACUCAUGUAAUU